CAGCAGUAGCCCACGUCUACAUUAGUUUUCUUGAUUUUAAUGACGCUACAAAAUUCAAGAGUACCUAAAUAUAUCUUUUAUUUAUCAAAUUGAAAUAUCUCAUACAUCCUAAUUGUUAUAGUGUGCCUCUCUUUCUCAGUUUUGGUUUGCUUAGAAAGAGAGAAUUAAGAACAUGGCUAAAGGUGUGAGUAGUACUUUUGUGUAUAUUCUUGGUGCAAUGUUUAUGUUGAGUUUCGUGUUUGUUUUCGAAGCCAUGUUGACAGUAUUCUCUAGGUUUUAUUCGGACGCGAUUGCCAAGAAAUUAGUUCAUACAGAAAGGAAUACAAUAGGAAUAUCAAAACAAGAAAAAGCAGAAAUAAUUACAAGUAAUUGCAACUUGUUCGAAGGAAGUUGGGUGUUGGAUGAUGAUCGUAUUGAUCCUUUAUAUAACACAACUACUUGUCCGUUUAUUCGAAAGACAUUUGAUUGUACCAAUCGGCCUGAUCGUCAAUAUCUUAAGUAUAAAUGGCAACCUACUGGUUGCGAUUUACCAAGGUUUGAUGGUAUUGAUCUUUUUAGGAGAUUCAAGGGGAAGCAGAUCAUGUUUAUUGGGGAUUCUCUAAGUCUAAAUAAUUAUGACUCUUUCUUAUGCCUUCUUUAUGUUUCAGUGCCUGGAAUGAACUAUAAGACCAAAUUAACCAACCAAAGCGUUACUGUUAUUUUUGAGGAUUAUGACGUUUCAGUCACAUUAUUCAACUCAUUAUUCCUAGUAGACGUUGAAAUGGAACAUAUUGGAAGAGUAUUAAAACUCAAUUCCAUUAAAAAUGGAGAGAUUUGGAAGCAAGCUGACGUUUUGAUCUUCAAUACUUGGCUUUGGUGGGCCAGGAGAAAGCCUAAGCAACCGUGGGACUAUAUUGAGGAUGGUGGCACGAUAGUGAAGGAUAUGAAUCGUAUGGCUGCAUUUCGAAGGGGAUUAAACACAUGGGCCAAAUGGGUUGAGACAGAAGUGGAUCUAACCAAAACCAAAGUUUUUUACCAAGGGGAAGCUGCUUCUCAUCACCAUGGAGAAGCUUGGGGUGAGCCAGGAGUGAAGGGUUGCUCAAAUCAAACAACACCUGUAGUUGGAUCAAUUUAUCCAGGUGGCUUGCCUUUACCUGCACAAAUUGUGAAACAAGUCUUGAAGAACAUGACAAAUUCAGUAUUCUUGUUGGAUAUUACAAUCCUUUCACAUUUAAGAAAAGAUGGACACCCAAGCAAUUACAAUGGCUACGGAGGCAUUGAUUGUACACAUUUUUGCCUUUCUGGGGUUCCUGAUACUUGGAACCAACUAUUUUAUGCUUCUUUAUUAACGUCUUAGGACAUUGGACAGCCGUGUGCUAUGUACCACUAAUUCUUCUUUUCUAAUUCUAGUGAAACACUCAUUUUGUGUGU